AUGAAAAAAUAGAAAUAAGUCUAAACUUUAUUUAAGUACUAUCAAUCUGAUGAAUAUGAAAUGGAGCAAGAAAGAAAACCAAUAGAAAUAAUAUCAUACAUAAAAUUAAAUGAAGAAUAUCAGAUUUUUGAACUAAUCUUAGAAAAUUGUCCUACAUUUAUAUUAGAUGCUUAAACUUCCUUAUAAUUGGAGAAAUUAUAAUCAUUGAUAUAUUUGGGUAUAAAUGGAUGUUAAAUAAAAUCUUUAAUUCAUUUGCCUUUAAUAGAUAGUUUAAAAAGAUUAACAUUAGAUAAUAAUUAUUUAAAAGGAGAACAACUAAAAUGUAUAGGAUAUUAUAAAGAUAAAUUACUUUCAUUAUCCUUAAUUAAUAAUCAAAUAAAAAUAUAUCCUGGAUCUACUUCAUUAUAGCAUCUCUAAUAAAUGUUUGCUUUGAAACAAUUAAGUUUAAUAGGCAAUAUAUUUUCAUUAGAUGAUGAUGAUUCAACAAUACCAAAAGAAGAAUCUGAAUAUGUUUAAAUGAGAAAUCAUAUAUUUGAUUUACUUCCUAAUCUAAUCUAUUUAGAUUGUAUAGAAAAAUCAAAAUUAAUAUAAGAUGAAAAGAUCUUUAAUAAUUAUAAUGAAGAAAAUGAAUAUUUAUCCUUAUAUGCUAGUAAAUCAGUUACUUAAUAUGAAACAAGUAGAAGUUAAAGUAUCAUUUCGACAAGAAGGAAUGGAAUUCCAAGAGUCAAGGAAGAUUCUGAUCUAUAAUAAUAAGAAGAUAAAAAAUCAUCUACUAGAUAAUUAAGAUCGUAAAAAAGAAAAGUUUAUGUUUAUGAUUGA